UGAAAUUGGAAGGACAUAUUUAAAAUGUAACGUAACAAUAAAUAAGUAGAUAAUGAAACUCAUUUCAAUAGUAUUUAUUAUAUAUGUAUUCUAUUUUAUGAAAUAUUUUAAUAUAAAAGAAAGUCCAUUUAAUUUUAAAUUAAUUUAUUUAUAAUAAUUUAUAACAAUAUAAUAUUUGAAAUUAGUUUAUUAAUAAAUAGUUAAAUAAACUUAAAAAAAUUAGUAAAUUAUUAUAAGAUAUAUAAUACAAUAAAGAGAGGAUGAACUCAAUGUUCAUUGUAUAAAUUUAUAUUUUCUGUCUUUAUUGUUAUUUAUUUUAUUUUUUAAUAUGCUGAUUAUAAUUAUAAUUUUAACCUCUGGUAUUGUAAGAUAUGUGAAAUAUUGAUAAUUAUUUACAUAUUAAAUAAAUAAAUAAAUUUAAUUAUAUAACUAAAGUAUAUAUUAUAAAAAUAUAGUGAUGUUAGAUCUAUCUUAUAUUUCGUUUAUGACUAUAAUAUUUCUGAAAUCGUUGAAUAUUGAAUCACAGUGCAGACAACCUUUUUGUGUUCAACGUAGGACAUGAACGACGCUUCACAUCAUUACAAUAAACAUAAUGGAUCAAGAACUUAUUGAAAAAUUUAUAGAGGUGACGGGGGAAAGUGAGGCAACAGCUCGUCAAUAUUUAUCAUUAGCUGAUGGAAAUGUAGAAACUGCAAUAAGUUUAAUGUUUGAUGGUAGCCAAGCACCAGAACCAUUAUGUACACCUGAUCCAGAACCAGAAGUGAGACCUCCUAUUUUACCUAUGCAGGAAGUAUUAGUGCCAUCUGGUCCAAUAUGUUCUCUUCCAAGAUUGUCCACUAAUGUAUUUGACAGAUUCAGAGAUUUUGCUGUAGAGACUCAACGGCAAGAAGAAGAAAUGGCCCGAAAAGUAGCCGGAGUUAAACAAAUAUCUUAUUGCAAAUCAAAAAGAUUGGAAGAUUUAUUUCGUCCACCAUGUGAUAUUCUCUUUCUGGGUUCUUUUAUGGAAGCCCGUGAACAUGCCAAAUCAUUAAAUCGUUGGUUACUUGUAAAUAUUCAAAAUCCUCAAGAAUUUUCUUGUCAAAUCCUUAAUAGAGAUGUAUGGUCCAAUCAACAAAUUCAAGAAAUUAUAAAGGAUCAUUUUAUUUUGUGGCAAGUUUUGUCAAAUACAAGUGAUGGAAAUCGUUACGUACAUUUAUAUGAUGUAUAUGAAUAUCCUUAUUUAGCAGUAAUAGAUCCUAGAACAGGAGAAUGUAUGAAAACUUACAAUCAUAUUACUGUAGAUAUUUUAAUAUCUGCUUUAAAUGAUAUGUUGAGCUCUCAUCCAUCUCCAGAAUGUGUAUCAAGUGAUUCAGUUCAUUCUAAAGAAUGGAAUAAUUGCACUGCCACAACAACAAAAGAAUGUUCUUCAUCUAAUUCACCAGAUUGUAGUACUAUUAAGGCAUUUAAACAUACAAUUGAUAAUUUAAAUGACACAGAUUAUUAUACAGAUAAUAUAGAUAUUAAGAAUGAUCUAACAUCUAUUCAAAGUUCAAGUAUAAAUACAUCUCUUGAUUCAUUUGAAAAUAUAAGUAAAAAAAGAAAAAUGAAUGAAUCAGAUGAAGCAAAUCAGGAAACAAGUUCAAAGGAUGAAUCAUAUAAAUUGAAAUCUGAUUUUAAUGAAAUUAAAAGCGAUAAUGAAUCUGUUAUAAGACUUUGUUUAAGACUGCCAAAUGGUAAAAAAGAAACAGUGUUAAUGUCCACCACUGAUACAAUAGAAAAGUUCAUAAAUACAAUGGAAGAUAUGGGUUAUAAAUCAACCAAUCAUACUUAUUUAGUACCAUUUCCGAAAACAAAUAUUGGAGCGCUUCCACCACAAACACAUUUAUCAGAUACGAUUUUAUUUCCAGCAAACACAGUAUUUAUAACAAAGAUAUAGUGGUGCGAUUAGAUGAUACAUUAUAGCGCGAGUAUCUCUUUUUAUCUUAUUACAUUAGGGAGAAAAUAUAUUAUAAGUUCGAUAAAUAUUAUGAAUCUUAAAGUAUAUAGAAAUGCAUUGUGACCAUAAAUGUUCAAUUUAUUUAUGUAUAAUUCCAAAAUCAUUAUAUUUGUUAUUCAAUAUUCAAUAUUAUUCAUUAUUCAAUAUUCAAUAAUUCUUAAAAUAUUUUACAUAAAAUGAAUAAAUUAUAGAAAUUCGAUUAACUUUUAUAUAAAUGAAAACGAAAUUAUAUUAUUCAUUUUUAAAAACAAUUACAAAAUAAGUUUCUAUACUUUCAUAUUGAUAUAAUUAUAAGUUUUCAGUUUAAGAAAGACUGAAAUAAAUAAGUUUUAUUUAUAUAUUUGAAUAAAAAAAUUAUAUUGGAUAAUAUUAAAUUUUGUAUCUUACAUAUAUUAUAAGAUUUGUACAAAUUACAUAAAAUUAUUUAUUUAUUUUAUAUUACAUGUAUAUGUUCAGUACAAUGUAUGUCAGUUAUAUGUCCAUAUGACUUAUAAAUAGACAACCUAUUUUUAGGGUUUAAAUUUACAUAGUUCAUUUGUUGCAGCUAUACUUAAAUAUGAUUAUUAUUUUAUAAUAUAGAUAUUAAUGAUAAGAAAGAAUUUUUGUGUGAGUAAAUUCAAAAUGUAGUUAUGUUUUUUGCAACUAUGUAAAAUUUUUUAUAUAUGUAACUCUCACCUAAUUAUCCACAAAUAUUUUUCUGUGACUUUAGCAGCAUCCGACUGUUAAUGACACAUAUUCACUGCCAAACGUUGUUACAAUUUGUUGUAUGAAGUUGAUUAUUAGUGAAGCGAUUGAUUACAGGUUUUUUGUGUGCGCAAGGUUAUACCACUCGUAUGUUCUGCGUAAUGAAAUAAGAAAUAAUAAUGCAAAAUUUAAUGUAACAAUAAAUAGUUAAUAGAAAUCUUAAAAAUAUUCAUGAUAUAAGCCUUUUUCUUUAUGUAUGUUAUAUGUAAUUAUAAUAUAUAAUAUUCAAGAAUAAAUAUAUUUAAUACAGA